CACGUUGCCGCACCCACCAUCAAAAGCAAACCCACCGCCCGCAAGCGCAAACGCACGCCUCCACCCGCCGCCUCGUGCCCGACAGAUCCACUCCUCCAAAUCCACCCUCCGCGAGCGCUCGUCCUCGGCGUCGAUCUCCGGCCAGCCCAAUCCCCCGCGCGGCCGCCAUGAAUCCCUACGCCGACAACCGCUACGCCGACCCCUCCUCCUACCGCGACAGGCGCAGCGACCUGGCCGCGGCUCCCAUACUCGCCCCGCCGGUCCCCGUGGUCGCCGCGCAGAACCCCUAUGCCGCCCCGUACACGCCCAUGGCCGCCCCCGUCGGUGGCUACGGCCAGGGCGGCGGAGGCUAUGGUGGAGGCAUGGGAUACGGCGGUAGGGGCAGAGGCGGCGGUGGCGGUGGACCAGGCGGCUUCCGUGGCGGCGGUGGGAGAGGUGGCAGCAACGGGAGGGACGGGCUCGACUCGCUCUCCCUGCCCAAGCCGGACUUUCGGGGCCUUAUACCGUUCGAGAAGAGCUUCUACGUGGAAUGCCCCGCCGUGCAGGCCAUGUCGGAGACGGAGGUGGCGCAGUACCGUCAGCUCCGGGAUAUCACCGUGGAGGGCCGGGAGGUGCCCAAGCCUAUCCGCUUCUUUCACGAAGCCAACUUUCCAGAUUACUGCAUGCAAGCGAUCGCCAAGUCCGGAUUUGUGGAACCAACGCCUAUCCAAGCUCAGGGUUGGCCGAUGGCUUUGAAGGGCAGGGACGUGAUUGGUAUUGCAGAAACUGGAUCUGGGAAAACACUAUCUUACAUUCUACCUGGUUUGGUUCAUGUUGGUGCACAACCUCGACUCGAACAAGGUGAUGGCCCAAUUGUCUUGAUCCUUGCUCCAACAAGAGAACUGGCUGUUCAAAUACAGGCAGAAGCUACAAAGUUUGGAUCAUACUCGAGAACUAGAAGCACAUGUAUCUACGGUGGAGCACCUAAGGGACCACAAAUACGUGACCUCAGGAGAGGAGUUGAAAUCGUCAUUGCAACACCAGGUCGGUUGAUUGAUAUGCUGGAAGCUGGUCACACAAACCUACGUCGGGUUACAUACCUUGUGCUGGAUGAGGCAGACCGUAUGCUUGAUAUGGGUUUUGAACCUCAGAUUCGGAAAAUAUUAGCACAAAUCCGUCCAGACAGGCAAACCUUGUACUGGAGCGCUACAUGGCCGAGAGAAGUUGAAACGUUGGCUAGACAAUUUCUGCAGAACCCUUACAAGGUAAUGAUAGGAACAGCUGAACUUAAAGCUAACCAUUCCAUACAACAAAUUGUUGAAGUUAUCUCGGAUCAUGAAAAGUAUCCCAGGCUAAGUAAGCUUCUAUCUGAUUUGAUGGACGGGAGCCGAAUCUUAAUAUUUUUUCAAACAAAAAAGGAAUGUGACAAGGUCACUCGGCAACUUAGAAUGGACGGAUGGCCAGCAUUAUCUAUACAUGGUGAUAAAGCUCAGUCUGAAAGGGACUAUGUUCUGGCAGAGUUUAAGAAUGGGAAGAGUCCUAUAAUGGCUGCCACAGAUGUAGCGGCACGUGGUCUUGAUGUGAAGGAUAUUAAGUGCGUGAUUAAUUUUGAUUUCCCGACAACUAUCGAAGAUUAUAUUCACAGGAUAGGUCGAACUGGCCGUGCUGGUGCUACUGGAAUGGCCUUCACGUUCUUCACCCAUUCCAAUUCAAAAUAUUCAAGGAAUCUCGUUAAGAUCUUGCGUGAAGCUGGACAGGUUGUGAAUCCAGCGCUAGAAGCUAUGUCCAAGUCAGCUGGUUCCAUGGGAGGAGGAAGUAAUUUCCGGUCAAGGGGCCGAGGUGGGUUUGGUGGUGGUGGGUAUGGUGGUAACCGUUCUGGAUCGAAUUCCAUUCCAGUACGUAGAAGAUACUAAGAAAGAAGAUCCAUUCUCAUGCUGGAGAAGACAGAAAGAUGAAGUUUUAUCUGCAUACAUUUAGGCAUUAAAUUAAAUACAUUUUUUGGGGGAAUUUCUUUGAAAUCCUGCAACUGGUAGAAGAUCGAAACAAAGUUCUUAAUAUUUUUGUACUGGGGCUCAUAUGAAAAGGAACUCAUGUAUCAGCGACUAUAGAUUACGAUAGUCCAAUCGAAACAGUGAACUAAGCAUGUAUUUUGUGUCUAA